AUGGCGGAGGCGGCGGCGACGCGGGCGGCGCGCCUGGAGCUGCUGCUGCCCCAGGAGCCGGGCUUCCUAGAGGCCGACCCUGGCGAGGACACCUGCACCGUGACCCAAGGGGACAUCGCGGCCGCCGUGGACAUCGCCAGCGCCGCCAAGCACUUUGAGCUGAGACUGGAGCAAUUCGGGCCCUACCGGCUGGACUACACCCGGCCCGGACGGCACCUGCUGCUGGGCGGCCGCCGGGGCCACGUGGCCGCGCUCGACUGGCUCACCAAGAGCCUCAUGUGCGAGAUCAACGUCAUGGAGACGGUGACGGACGUGGCGCGCGACCUGUCCCGCAAGCCCUACCUGUGCCACCGGCUGCCGCAGCCCGCGCACGGCCUCCGCUUCUGCCCCUACGAGGACGUGCUGGGCGCCGGGCACGGCGGCGGCUUCACCAGCCUCCUCGUGCCGGGCGCCGGCGAGGCCAACUUCGACGCCUUGGAGAGCAACCCGUACCGGAGCCGCAAGCAGCGGCAGGAGUGGGAGGUGAAGGCGCUGCUGGAGAAGAUCCCCGCCGAGCUCAUCACGCUGGACCCCACGCACCUGGAGCGGGUGGACACGGCCAGCCUGGAGCAGAAGCGCCGGGAGAGGGUCGAGCGGCUGGGCUUCGACCCCGACGCCCAGCGGCGCUUCCGCCCGCGCCGCAAGGCCAAGGGCGGCAGCUCGGCGGGCGGCCUGCUGCGCCGCAAGAGGAAGGUGGCCCACGACAAGCAGCGGGCCGUCAUCCGCCGGAGCGUGGAGCAGCGGGAGCAGCGGGACAAGGACAAGGACAAGGCGGCGGCCCCGGCGCGGCGCUCGGCUCUCGACCGCUUCAAGAAGUAG